AUGAAACUCCUCAGCAUCGCAUCUGCCGUCUGUAUGGCAGCCUCGGCGCUGGCCGCAGACUCCAACAUCGAGUUCAUUCUCGCCAAGUUUCUGGGUCUCGACAAUAUGGUGCCCAAAAACUGCCACGCGGUGCCCGGCAACGUCAAGUUCCUUGUGUGCGACCGACCCGAGCCCCAGGCCAUCAACAUCACCGCUCUGGAUGCCUCGGCUUACCCUCUGCCUGCGGGCCAGGAUGUCGAGUUCGAGGUUGUGGGUAAAGUCAACCACCUUGUCCAGGACGGUGCCUAUCUCAACGUGUCCGUCUACUCGGGAUUCCGGGAGGUGCACAGAGGCAUCCAUCCUUUGUGUGAUCUAAUGAAACAGCACAAGAUUGGCCGAGGGUGUCCGUUGAAGCCCACCAAGAAAGAUAUCCGAUUCAAGCGAACGGUCAGCAUCCCCGACUGGAUCCCUUCGUCCCGCUACUUUGUGCUCGCCACCAUCUACAAUCCCGACAAGUCGACCGUGAUCUCAUUCAGUGGCCAGUAUGACGUCAAGGGCACCCCCGAAACAGACGCCCGAUACCAGAAGGAACGAGAGGAGGAAGACGAGCGAAGGAGAUUGGAGAGAGAGACCAAGAAGGCCAAGGAGGAGGAGGCCAAGAAGGCUGAUGGUGGUGAUGAGAGUGUUCCCGGAGGUGCUGAAGCUGCUGAUCCUGACUCUGCUGCGCCAGAAGAACCCUACACCGUCAAGGUGGACGAUGAUCACGUGGAAGUCAAGGGAGAGCACGCCGAGGAGCUUCUGGGUCUGGCCAAGGAGGUUGCUGGUCUGGCCGAAGAGCUUGUGAGUGAACAGGAGCAUGAGACUGAUACUUCUGGGACGACUGAGGCUCCUGUUAGAGAUGAGCUGUAG